ACAAAAAAAAAAAAAAAAAAGCAGACACAGAGAAGAUAGAGAAGGAAGAAGAUGAAUUUAGAGAGAGACGAGGAUAAUUGUAAAACUGUUAAUCACGUUUCGCCAUGAGAGCUCUUCUAUCCUUUUUUUUCUUCUUCUUCUUCUUCUUCUUCUUCUCUUUUUCUGCUGGUGGCGUGAACUUGAAUCGAUUCAGUGGUGAAGAAUUUCAUCGGAGAAUUCUUCACCAACCGCUUUUUCCAGAAGCUUCUACUCCUCCGCCACCAGAUUUCGAAUCGACGCCGUCUCCUCCCGUCACUCCUGGAACUCCCGAUCAGCCAUUUUUCCCGGAGAAUCCAUCUACGCCUGAGCAAACUCAGUUCCCUCCUCCGCCACCUCCUGUUUCCGCCGACGUCAAUGGCGGAUUGCCGAUUCCAACCGCUACUACUCAAUCUGCCAAGCCUGGCAAAAAAGUUGCAAUCGUCAUUUCUGUUGGAAUUGUCACGCUCGGUAUGCUUUCUGCUUUAGCUUUCUUCUUGUAUCGCCACAAAGCCAAGCACGCCAGCGAUACUCAGAAGCUCGUUUCCGGAGGUGGCGAUGCCUCCGCUUCUCGCAGAUUUCAGGAAGAUCCGGGGCCACCGACCACGACGUCCUCUACAUUUCUCUAUAUGGGAACCGUUGAACCCAGCCGUGAAUCGGCCAGUGAGUCUAACGGUGGAACUAAUGGACCGGUUAAUUCCUCUCCCUACCGGAAAUUGAAUUCGGCUAAGAGAUCGGAACGGUAUAGGCCGAGUCCGGAGCUUCAACCGCUUCCUCCGUUAGCUAAACCGCCGCAACCGUCUGAUAACUCUCCCUCUGCUUUAUCUCCUUCUUCAUCGUCUUCCGGUGAAGAAUGCCGUGAUACGGCGUUUUACACGCCACACGGAUCUACAAUGAGCAGCGAUGACGGUUAUUACACGGCGUUUCCUCGCUCCGUCAACAGCAAUGGUGGAUCACUUCCUCACUCCAAGAGAACUUCCCCGAGGUCUAAAUUUGGAUCAGCUCCUGCGACGGCAGCAUCUAGGUCGCCUGAGAUGAAACACGUCAUCAUCCCGUCGAUAAAGCAAAAACUCCCGCCGCCAGUACAACCUCUACCUCUCAGGAGCUUGGAAAAUGAUGAACAAGAGUUUCCUUAUUCACAGAACAAGCCGAUAUUCUCACAGCCUCCUCCGCCACCUAAUAGGGCGGCGUUUCAGGCUAUUACCCAAGAUAAUUCUCCUCUCAGCUCACGAGUUCCUCCACCACGGCGGUCUCCUCCUCCUCCUCUCCACGCUCCACCGCCACCUCCACCCCCUCCGCCUGCUCCUCCGCGUUUUACUCCUCCUCCUCCUCCUCAGAAACGGCCCAGAGAUUUCCCGAUACCACGAAAACUCACCAAUUCUGAAGCAACAACGAAUUCCACACCGUCUCCUUCGAGAACACAAGCAUUCAAGACUCCAAGUCCUAAUUCCAAGGCUGUAAAAGAGGUCAAUGCCAUAUCUACGGGUUCUCUUGAGAAAACAGGAGACGGAGACACAGACCCAAGCAAGCCAAAGUUAAAACCACUCCACUGGGACAAAGUACGAGCCAGCUCAGAUCGAGCCACUGUUUGGGACCAACUCAAGUCAAGCUCAUUCCAAUUGAACGAGGAUAGGAUGGAACAUCUUUUUGGUUGCAAUUCGGGAAGUUCAGUACCAAAGGAACCUCUGAGAAGGUCAGUGAUGCCUCCAGCUGAGAAUGAGAACAGAGUACUGGAUCCAAAGAAAUCGCAGAACAUUGCAAUUCUCUUAAGAGCACUUAAUGUAACACGUGAAGAGGUGUCCGAAGCUCUUACGGAUGGUAAUCCCGAGAGCUUAGGUGCUGAGCUUCUAGAGACUUUGGUGAAGAUGGCUCCAACAAAGGAGGAAGAAAUAAAACUGCGAGAAUACUCUGGUGAUGUCUCGAAACUAGGAACAGCUGAAAGAUUCCUCAAAACCAUUCUUGAUAUCCCUUUUGCAUUCAAAAGAGUUGAAGCAAUGUUGUAUAGAGCCAACUUUGAUGCAGAAGUCAAGUAUCUAAGGAACUCUUUCCAGACAUUAGAGGAAGCAAGCUUAGAGCUAAAAGCAAGCAGACUAUUCCUAAAGCUCCUCGAGGCUGUUCUAAUGACUGGAAACCGAAUGAACGUUGGCACUAAUCGCGGAGAUGCCAAAGCUUUUAAACUCGAUACACUUCUUAAACUUGUAGACAUCAAAGGAGUUGAUGGCAAAACCACUUUGCUUCAUUUUGUCGUCCAAGAAAUCACAAGAUCGGAGGGAACAACAACAACAACAAAAGACGAAACCAACCUCCAUGGAAACAAUGACGAUUUCAGAAAGCAAGGAUUACAAGUAGUUGCUGGACUCAGUAGAGAUCUGGUUAAUGUGAAAAAGUCAGCGGGAAUGGAUUUCGAUGUUCUGAGCAGUUACGUGGCAAAGCUCGAAAUGGGUCUUGAUAAACUGAGAUCAUUUAUCAAGACAGAGACAACUAAAGGGAAGUUCUUUGAUUCGAUGAAAACGUUUUUGAAAGAAGCAGAAGAAGAGAUUCGAAAAAUCAAAGGAGGAGAAAGAAAAGCUUUGUCAAUGGUCAAAGAAGUAACAGAGUAUUUCCAUGGAAAUGCUGCAAAAGAAGAAGCACAUCCUUUGAGAAUCUUCAUGGUCGUGAGAGAUUUUCUCGGAGUUCUAGACAACGUUUGUAAAGAAGUGAAGACAAUGCAAGAAAUGUCGACGUCCAUGGGCUCAGCUUCAGCUAGGUCAUUCAGGAUUUCAGCAACAGCUUCGUUACCGGUUCUUCAUAGGUAUAAAGCAAGACAAGACGACGACACAAGCUCAGAUGAUGAACACAGCAGCAACUCUUCCACGUGAUGAUGAAACAAAACGCUGUACAGUUUCUUACACCAAGACAAAGAAGAAUUAAAUUGGUGUUUUCUCAAACCGGGAAGAGAUAUAAGACGUUGAGUUGGUUUAGUCGGAGAACAUGGACCGGUUAGAGAGUAACAAACACUAUAUAGUGAUCAAAUUUUCGUAACAAAUAAGGAACCCUUUUUUUCUUA